GCGAGGACCAGCCCUCUCCGGGGACCCCUUUGUUCCGGGCCGGGACUCCUACACCUUUGCGUCCCCAAGGGCUUGGCCGCCGGCGCCCACGCAGCUCCGGGGGACAGAGCUCAGAAGGCGAGAGGGGAGGGGUCGCCGCGGCCGGCCGGGCCCUGCAGCCACCCACCCCUCGCGACAUGUCACGCUCCUUCUAUGUGGACUCGCUGAUCAUCAAGGACUCCUCCCGGCCUGCGCCCUCGCUGCCGAACCUGCACCCCGGGCCCGAUUUCUUCAUCCCGCUGGGCAUGCCGUCCCCGUUGGUGAUGUCGGUGUCCGGGCCAGGCUGCCCGUCCCGCAAGAGCGGCGCGUUCUGCGUGUGCCCGCUCUGCGUCACCUCUCACCUGCACUCCUCGCGGGGGCCCGUGGGCGCCGGCGGCGGGGGCGCAGCGGCCGGGGGCACCGGGGCCGGGGGCAGCGGGGCGGCCGGGGGUGCGGGGGCUCUGCCUCUGCUCAAGAGCCAGUUCUCCUCGGGGCCCGGGGACGCGCAGUUCUGCCCGCGGGUGGGCCACGCGCACCAUCACCACCACCCGGCCCAGCAGCCCGGCUCGCCGCGGCGGCGGCGCGGCGCGGGCGCAGCGGCCCGCGCGGCCUUGGGACACCCGCAGCACCACGCACCUGUCUGCGCCGCCACCACCUACAACGUGGCGGACCCGCGGAGAUUCCACUGCCUCACCAUGGGGGGCUCCGACGCCAGCCAGGUCCCCAGCGGCAAGAGGAUGAGGACCGCGUUCACCAGCAGCCAGCUCCUGGAGCUGGAGCGGGAGUUCUCCUCCAACAUGUACCUGUCUCGACUCCGGAGGAUCGAGAUUGCCACGUACCUGAACCUGUCGGAGAAGCAGGUGAAAAUCUGGUUUCAGAACCGCCGGGUGAAGCACAAGAAGGAGGGGAAGGGCACGCAGAGGAACAGCCACGCGGGCUGCAAGUGCGUCGGCGGCCAGGCGCACGUCGCGCGCUCCGAGGACGAGGACUCCCUGUCGCCGGCCUCGGCCAACGACGACAAGGAGAUUUCCCCUUUAUGAGGGAAGGCCGCCUACCCCCUCACACCGUGGGCUCCU